GAACAUCUGGGUUGCAGUUUGCAACACUUUCUGAAGUUCUGGAAAGACAGAUUUAUUCUCCAAAAGUUAAUGCUCAUGGAGCAUAAACGGACUUCUAAACCAAUGUAGCUUAAACAUCUUUCUAGCAAGUAGUUGCCAUGGCAUUUAAAUGUAGCCUCCCAAAUAACAAUGCCAAAUGUUCAAACACAAGACUUUGACCCCUCUGACUCUGUCUAGGGACUCUGACUCAUGAUAAGCAUGUGACAGCUAACAGCUGAUUGGUGGGCCAGGCACUUACCUCCAAAUAAGUUUGGGUUCCCUAUUCUAGAUCGGCUUACAUAAGCAACCAGACCCAUUGUAGACAAGUAUUAAUUUUUCUCAGCAGCGAAUUUCAUCAGGAAGCCAGACUACAACGUUACUUGAUGGGCCCUUAUUUUUGGAAGCACAACACAAUGAGAGUCCAUCCAGCAGCCAGAUGUGUUUUUGUUUUCCUGCUUGUUUCUGUUGUGAUUGCCGAGGCCCGUGUUACCCUUACUGGGGCCCAGCAGUAUGCAGUCUCCACUAAUAACUUGGUGCAGUGGGCAGCCCAGGUCUUCCACAGGCUGAAUGUGCCGCGUCACUCUGAUGGAGUCACAGCAGAUCCAGAGGAGAACAUGAACGCUACCCAGCUGAUCACCAGUAAGGGUUACCCCUGUGAGGACCACUAUGUCACUACAGACGACGGCUUCAUUCUCAACAUGCAAAGAAUACCACAUGGGCUGAGUAAUGGUGACAACACAGGCCCACGGCCAAUAGUGUUCCUUCAGCAUGGGCUGCUAGGGUCGUCUACGCAGUGGAUUGAGAAUCUGGCCAAUGAGAGCCUUGGUUUCAUCCUAGCUGAUGCCGGGUUUGAAGUCUGGUUGGGGAACAUCCGUGGAAACACCUACUCCAAACGACAUGUCAAACUCAAGCCAUCUCAGGAGGAGUUUUGGGCUUGGAGUUGGGAUGAGAUGGCCAAGUAUGACCUUCCCAAGAUGCUGACCCACGCGCUGAACGUGACCAAACAGACGCAGCUGUACUACGUGGGCCACUCCCAAGGGACCAUGAUCGGGUUUGCUGAGUUCUCCAGGAACCAGGAGCUGGCCAGGAAAGUCAAGACCUUUUUCGCUCUGGCUCCUGUUGCAUAUCUGGGAAACAUGGUGUCUCCACUCAGACUGCUCUCAAACUUUCUUGAACCAAUUGAGCUGAUUUAUGCUCUCUUGGGGAAGGGAGAGUUCAUGCCCACCAGUGAGUUUAUCCGAUUCCUGGGCCAGGAAUUCUGUGACAAGCCAGUACUGGAUGUCUUCUGUGAGAACAUACUGUUCCUCAUCGCAGGAUUUAACUAUGGCAACAUGAAUGUGACUCGUAUCCCCGUGUAUGUCAGCCAUAGUCCAGCGGGGACUUCUGUUCAGAACAUGGUGCAUUUUGCUCAGCUCUAUCAGUCUGGGAAGUUCCAGAUGUUUGACUAUGGACCACAGGGCAACAUGCUCAAGUACAACCAGACAACAGCCCCAGAGUAUAAUGCGACGAAUGUCAAGCUACCCGUGGCCAUGUUCUCUGGGGGUCACGACAGUCUCGCAGACCCAAAAGACGUGGUGAAACUGGAGGGAGAGCUGCCCAACAUCACGACCAAGACGGUUCUACCUGAGUGGGAGCACCUGGACUUCAUCUGGGGCAUGGACGCUGCACGGAGAUGCUACACAGACAUUAUCAAAAUCAUCAACAGUGUAGAGACGCUGGGAGAAUAAUAGAGACAACUGUAUUACCUGCAAAUAAUUUGGACAUCUGAAUUUAAUUUAGUGAUUUAGCAUUUUACACGCUGUGGACUACAUGUGGUCAUUUUUGCAUGUAGCCCUUGUGGCAUGAAUAUGCAAUAGAUAUUACAAAUGUAUGAAAAAAGCUUAUCUAUCAUACAUCUUUGUGUCCUUGUUACAUCCAUGUAUGUUACACAGAUAUUAGUUAUCACACUAUGUGAAAUGCAGGAAAAUUUUAAUUGAAAUUUAACUCAUUGAAAACUGGGUUGAUAGCACUUCAGCACCAAGGACAUCAUUUUCUUUUAACAUUACCCUGCACCAGAGAGAGGUGAUGUAAUAAACUCAUGAUUUCAAUUU